AUGGAUCCAUUUUUGAAGACCUUUGGCCAAUGGAAUUCCAACAAAGAAGGAUACUACCUGCCGAGCGAGUUGCAGUCUUUAAUGAACAGUCUACCCCUUCUUGGCAAGUUCCUUGGUACCAUUAUUGUGGGUCCUAUUAUCGAGAAAAUUGGUCAUCGGUAUGCCAUGGCCUCGACUUGUUGUGUACAAAUUGUCGGCCCCGUCAUUCAAGUCACGAGUAAGAAAGCAGCUCAGUUUAUUGUAGGAAGGGUCUUGGUUUAUACGGCAGUCGGUCUUGUUGAAAAUAUUGUCCCAACUUAUCAAUCGGAAAUUGCACCCAGUGCUUUACGGGGCUUCUUCGUCGGCUCAAUCCAGCUUUGCUUAACAACCGGGUCUUUAAUCGCGGGUAUCGUCAAUGAAUCUAUGUCUCGUAAGACAGACAAUUCGGGAUGGCAGAUCGCCACAGCGCUUCAAUCUCUGCCGGCCGUCAUGAUUCUGUGCAUGCUAUAUUUCACACCAAAUUCUCCACGGUGGCUUACUUUCAACGACCGACAUGAAGAGGCUUUUCAGGUUCUGCGAUCGAUUCGACGAAAGGAAGAUGUGGACAGGGGGCUUCCUGAGCUCAAGCUUGCAUCAAUGAGAGAAGAGGGGCAGAUUGGCAAGAGACAGAAGGGUUCUUGGAUGGAUCUGUUCCGAGGAAAUAACUCAAGGCGGACUGCAAUUGCCUGCACAAUCAUGUCUUUCCAACAGCUUACUGGUGUGACGUUCAGUUCAUCAUACGGUCCAACCUUCUAUCGCUCUGUUGGACUUGCUGAUAUGGCCUUCGUCUAUGCUGUUGUCAACAACGCCACAUCGGUAGUAACGGCCAUGAUGGCCAUGGUCUUCUUGGACACAUUCGGGCGACGCACACUUGUGGUCCAUGGUGGCUGGUCACAGGGGGCAUUCCUCGUCGCCAUCGCAGCUUUGGGCCGCAUCAAGAAUCCCAAUGUGCAUGAGAGUAAUGGCAUCGUCGCUGGUAUGCAGUUGUACACCUGUAUUCUGCACAUGACUCUUGGCCCUGGCGCAUACAUCACCGCUGCUGAAGUUGGUACUCAGACUUUGCGUGAGAAGACAAUGGCUCUCUCUACGGCUCUAAACGUCGUAGUCGGCUUUGUUGUAGUCUUUUGCACGCCAUACGGCCUCCGCCGAUUUGGCUCGGCGCUCGCUUAUAUAUGGGGUGGCUUUUCAUUCUUGUCCUCUGUGUGGGCGUGGUUCUUCAUGCCAGAGCUCAAGGGCCGAAAUUUGGAAGAAAUUGAUCAGCUUUUCGAUGCAAACCUACCAGCUUGGAAGUUCAACAAAUAUGAAACGGAGGGCCUUUCACACGAGUUAACUGCAUUGGAGAAUGGCGAAGAAUCUAAGAACCUUGACAAAUAUGCCAAGAAGAAUGGCGAUGAGUUUGACCUCGAGGCCAGCAACGUCGAAAGCCGGCGAUAA